AAGGAGCGAAUCACAAAUCGAAGCCCCAAAUUACAUCAUUCUAACAUUUUUUGUAACGGUUUUUUAAUCGAUUAAUUCAGUUUCAAAGUGUUUUACUUUAAUCAACUGAGCUAUUUUUGUUAAAUCUAAAUUUUAUUUCUGUAUUCUUGCCCGAGCCGAGCGUCACGUCGGGGUGGGGCUGUCUGUCGUGUUGUUGUUGCUGUCCUGCUGGGCGUUAAAACCAUUGAUAAGACUCCUUAAUCUCACAGCUCAAACCUGGAUUAAUACACGAAUAGCCUAACUGUCAUUUUGCUGUUGGAUCUUAUUUGGGUUUGUUUUUCUCGUUUUGUGGUCGCUGUCCUGAAUCAACAUGGGAAGCUGUUUAACUGUGGGGCCAAACGAAGCGCUGGUGGUCUCCGGUGGAUGUUGUGGUUCCGAUACGAAGAGCUACAUCGUAGGAGGUUGGGCAUGGGCCUGGUGGCUCCUGACCAAUUCCCAACGGUUGAGUCUGGAGAUCAUGACUCUGCAGCCUCGAUGUGAAGACGUGGAGACGGCUGAAGGAGUCGCCAUCACUGUCACGGGGGUGGCCCAGGUUAAAGUCAUGACAGAACAAGAGCUGCUGGCUGUAGCUUGUGAGCAGUUUCUGGGUAAAUCCAUCGUGGAAAUCAAGGCUGUUCUUCUGCAGACAUUGGAGGGACAUCUGCGCUCUAUUUUAGGGACACUGACCGUGGAGCAGAUCUAUCAGGAUCGAGACCAGUUUGCCAAACUGGUGAGGGAUGUCGCAGCUCCUGACGUGGGCAGGAUGGGCAUUGAGAUCCUGAGCUUCACCAUCAAGGACGUGUACGAUAAACUGGACUACCUGAGCUCGCUCGGGAAGACUCAGAUCGCUGCAGUCAGGAGGGACGCGGACAUCGGUGUGGCUGAGGCUGAGAGGGAUGCUGGGAUACGGGAAGCAGAAUGUAAGAAGGAGAUGAUGGAUGUGAAGUUUUUGGCCGACACCAAAAUGGCCGACUCCAAGCGAGAGCUGGAGCUGCAGAAAGCUUCUUUCAAUCAAGAGAUCAACACUAAGAAAGCCGAGGCGCAGCUGGCCUACGAGCUGCAGGCGGCCAAAGAGCAGCAGAAGAUCCGCCUGGAGGAGAUUGAGAUCCAGGUUGUUCAGAGGAAGAAGGAGAUCACCAUCGAGGAGAAGGAAAUCGAUCGCACAGACAAAGAGCUCAUCGCCACAGUGAAGAGGCCGGCUGAGGCCGAGGCCUACAAGAUGGAGCAGCUGGCUGAGGGACAGAAGCUGAAGACGGUUCUGAUCGCUCAGGCUGAGGCUGAGAAGAUCAAGAGGAUCGGUGCAGCUGAGGCGUCCUCCAUCGAAGCCGUAGGAAAGGCCGAGGCUCAGAAGAUGAGGCUGAAGGCCGAGGCCUACCAGGAGUACGGAGAGGCUGCGAAGACUGCGCUAGUCCUUGACGCCCUGCCCAAGAUUGCUUCUAAGAUUUCUGCACCUUUAGCCAAAACAAAUGAGAUUGUGAUCCUCAGCGGGGAGGGCAGCCGCGCGACAAGUGAAAUAAAUCGCCUUCUGGCCGAACUUCCUGUUUCUGUCAAUGCUCUCACAGGAGUGGAUUUGUCUAAGCUCCCUUUGCUGCAGAAGAUGACGUCUGCUGAAGCCUGAAAAGUGAAGAACUCCUGGUUCCAGUCUGUUGUAUGCACUCUCAUAGACUGCCUUUAAAACACCUGAAGACUUGUUAAACACUGUACACCAGGUGUAUUCUGGAAACCUCUGGUGCCUUACUUUCUACAGGACCAGAACAUCUGCAUGCACUGCUGCUCGUCCAGAUACGCUCUUUAGUUGAAUUGUGGAAAUAUUUAUUUAUUUAUUGUAAUUCAGGUCAGUUUUGGGGGCGCUGUCUGUGUGUUGUAUCAUUUAGGAGAAGAGCUGAUAAUUAGAUAAAUGUGAUGCUGACUCUGACCCGUUAGAUUUAUUGUACUUUUAAUCAAACAGCUGCAAUAUUUAUUCCAGUUUCUGCUUUUUUUCAUACCAAAAGACCACUGUUGUUACUGUGUCCCCUCUUUACGUUCGUUUAAAUACCUCUCUCUGCUGAGACACAUCUGCACUUCAUGGAUAAUCACUUUUUUGUUGUAUAUUUUUUUAUUUAAAUGCUUUAAACGCUCAUUAGCUGAACAUAACAAAGGUGCUCAUAAUCCUAAAAGCUAAUUGGGCAAAAUUUAAACUGCACUUUUAUUUAUUUAUUUAUUUUACUAUCGGCAAAUUUUGCGAUCUGCCAAUAUCAAACAUGUUUACUGAUUAUAAAACGGGUAGGUGUAAUUAGCUUGUAGCUUAUUUAAUGCAGAUUUUGACCCGAUGGGAAAAAAAAGAGAGGCUAAAAUACACUACAUGUCUUAGAUCUAUGGUUUGUCCAUAUUUAAUGUUUAAUUUAUUUAAUUUAUUGAAAGAAAAGACCAAACAGCACUGCCAAAUGGGACAGUUUGUCACUGAUAAUCUGUAGUGCUCCAGAUGUUAUUUAAUUUCCGCUACAGGUUUUUGUAGAUAAAAAGCCAUGUUGAACAUUUGUAAAGAAAACAAACUUUGACACGUUUUAGAGAAAUUUGAGUUUUAUUUCAUGCAGCUACAUAUCUGAUCUUUACCUGAUGAUAUAAAAUGUUUAAAGAUAUUUAAGCUGAUCAGACGAUAUUUCUGUGUUAAACUGUGAUUUUUGUCAUUUGAUCGGUCCUGAUGCUUUGAUUCUGGAAGACGACGCAUGGCUGCAGAUGUUGAUUGUUCAGUUCAAAGGUCAAAGCCUCCUGUGAAUUCAUUGUUUCUAAACAUUUUCAUGUUCAAUUUGAAGAAACUACAAAAACAGAUUGAUGUAAUCAGCAUGAAAAUACUGACUGAACUUUUAAAAAUAGACUGUUAUCGCUCCCUGUACAUCAGAUUAAUAAUCUGAGUUAUUUUGUACGAAGUUCCUCUGAAACGGCUAAAAGUUUUUUGUUUCGGUUGAGGAUUUUUGCAUGUCAUCCAUCUGUGUGUUUACUCUUAACUAUUAAAUCUACUGCAGAAAUGUG